CUUUCCACCAUAUUCAACCCCAUCGUCAGCUUGUUAUUCAUGAUUUUUCUAAGCCAUUCAAGGCUCUGCCUAGCGUCUCCGCACUAAGAAGGCCCUACUUUCGCGAUCAGGAUGGAUAUCGCAUCGCGCAUUCGUCAGUAUGGCCUGAACGUCGUCCACGAGGCGCCGGACGCUCUUGUUGAUAUCGUCUUUGUCCAUGGCUUAAACGGUCACCCCCAUCGCACCUGGACUUCGUCUAAAACGGGCGUCUUCUGGCCUGUCGAUCUGCUUCCUGACGUGCUUAGCAGUUGUCGAGUGCGCAUCCUAAGCUAUGGUUACAACGCGAAUGUUACCUCAUUUACGGACGGUGCGUCAAAGGACCGCAUACUAAAUCAUUCCGAGACACUGGCGGCGAGUUUGGCUGCAAAUCGAACGAUCAAAGAUUGCACAGAACGGCCGAUUAUCUUCGUUUGUCACUCACUCGGCGGUUUGGUCGUGAAGCGUGCCUUGAUCUAUUCCCGAAGUCUCACAAACGAAAAGGUCGAGCAUCUCCGUUCGAUCUACGUCUCAACCUACGGAAUACUAUUUCUCGGAACUCCCCACAAUGGAUCUGAGGUUGCAAAAUGGGGCCUGCUCUUGCAGAACAUCUGUUCUGCUGUGCUGCCCAGGAAGUUCCUGGACUCCUCGCCGCAGCUCAUCAAAGCUCUUAAAACAAACAAUGAGACCUUGCAAAAUAUCAACAGUCUCUUCGCGGACAUGAUGCCACGAUAUCGCAUCUGUUUCUUCCACGAGACACUGCCCAUGGAUGUCAAGGGGACCCGCGAGCUGAUUGUAGAUGAAAGUUCGGCGGCGCCCCAUGCGGAUGGCGUUGAAAGGAUGGGUAUCGAGGCCGACCACAGCCAUAUGUGCAAAUUCGACGACGAGACCGCACCGGGCUACGAGGCUGUUGCAGUGGCUCUCUUACGGUUUGCUCGCGAGGCACCUGCUACGAUCCGCGAGAGAUGGAACGAAGAGGAGAGAACUCGGAUGAUUAUUAGGACCCAGAAAGCGCGGGAAAUCUUUGGAGACGUGUCUCCGAGCGGCGGCUCAGAACGUCUGGGCGAUAGAUCUCUUGGUGGGAAUCGGCCCAGUGACGCUCCUGUUAAUCCCCAUGUAUUGUAUUUACCGUCCAACGAGAAAGUUUCCACAUCAAAAUCCUUGGAAAAUAGUACGGAUUUGUCAAUGUCUCUCUCCGUGCAGAGAGGCCCGCUUUGGGUCGUACCUCCUGGGUUCCACCGCAAUGCGACAUUUUUUGGCAUGGAGAAGGAGCUUGAAAUACUACACACCAGACUCUUCAAAGCAAAGAAGCGAGCCGAUCACCUUAUGGCAGUACUUAUUUGCGGUGUGCCUGGUUCUGGAAAGUCGCAUCUAGCACGACAAUAUGUCUGGAAUCACCGUGACGAUUACCCCGGUGGUAUAUUCUGGGUCGAUGCGAAGAGUCGCCAGUCCACCUUCAAAUGCUUCUGGGAUAUUGCUCAAGCGGCGACUCUGACUGAAGGUGAGGAGUUUCAAAGCCCCGAUACCAAAUCGCCAAGUAAGUAUGUCGAGGCGGUUCGCCACUGGCUACAAUCUCGACAGGAAUGGCUUCUUGUGUUUGAUGGAGUGAGCUUCGCACAUGAUGACGAUAUCAAUAACUUCAAGCAGUUUCUCCCAUUCAAGGAGCGAUGCGGUAUUAUCUACACAUCAGUGGACAAGACACUACGCAAGAAGCAACGCCUGUACGAGCCGUACUGUCUACUCGUCGCCCCGCUUCAAGUCGAAGAUGCGUGCAAGCUUCUCUUUAAAGAUCUUGGGAUUAAGAGACCAACCAAGGAGCAAAUUCGAAAAGCAACAGAGGUAGUAACGCAUUAUGAAUGCCUUCCAUUAGCCAUUCAUGCCAUCAGCCACCGCCUGAGUGCAACGGACAAGCCGAUCGAAAAGUAUCAUAUCAAUUCGCACUUUACGGACGAGAAACUUGCUGAACCAUUUUUGAGUAUUAUGCAUGACCUGUUUCGAGGAGGGCAUUUUCAAGCCCUAAAUCUCAUAAAUCUACUGUCAUUCCUGGGGCAUCAGGUCCCGGUCGGACUCGUUCUACUGGGAAAGUCCUUCCUGGAGGCCUGGAAUAUUGAAGUCUUUACCAGUAGCAGACACGGGGAGCCCGGCGACCUGGACACCACGCUUGGGGUUCUUAUCCGCUACGGCCUUAUAGAGCGGACAUCGGACAAGUAUCCGUUGCUACAAACGCCUCUGUCGCCCAUUUCUGAGAGGUAUAUGGUAGACCCGAAAGCGGUGGUCCCUGAAAUGUCAGAGUCUCAAACUGAAAGUAGCCAAGAGGGCUUCUUUGCUCAGUAUCAGAGCUCCGGUGUUUCUGACGUCGUCAAAAUCCAUAGUGUCGUUCAAGGCUUCUGCCGGGACGAGCUAAAAAUCAUGGAUAAAGAGCUUAGGGCUAACGGCUCCCGCCCCGGACAGAACACCGGGUACUACGACUCAUGGCUUGUUGUAGCGACCCACGUCUUUUGUACCUCGUUCGAAAACGCAAAGUGCCGUAUGGAUCGCGUAGAUGACUGCGGAUCCGUCAAAGAUUACCGCGAGUACGAGACUCACGCGUCACAACUGAUGAAAAAUUUUCCGAAGAAGACCGCUCACGGCAUAGUCAGUGACUCUCUGAAGCAGUUGAAGGAGGCACUGAAAACUAUCCGCAGCGAGAUUGACCGGAUCUCGCCGAGCUCUUCGCAGGAUUCUGUCCGCAAGCAUAGAUCCGUCUUUGACCGGUCAAGUAGCUCCUCGUCUUUUCCAGACUCCACGGCUUCGGAUGGGCCGUCUCGUCAACUAACUCUCGAUUUCAGUGAUGUGGCACCUGUGCGUUCGGAGUCACCCCAGGACGCACUGGCAAUACCUCAACAAGUAAAUCUAGGCCCCAUAAUUCCUCACAUCUUCCGUAACUCUAGUGGUCGCGGAAAGGACGAGAUCAAUGACGAUGGGCUUCUGAGAGAUGGGUACUUGACUGACGAUGAAUCCACACGGGCCAGAUCUCCAGCAAGAUCACAGGCAAGUCAGUCAACUGAACGACCAAAACCAUCACCUUCUAGCCCCCACCAACAGACUGACGACGAAGGAUGGCACGUGGUCGAGAACCCGUCAAGGACCAAGCCGGCAGCAAAAUUGAAGCAAAGGCAAGGACAGAAGUCAAAACGGAGGCCUAAAUUUCCUCGAGUUGGAAACUCUGAGCCCGCCGCCCCUGUACCUGCUGCUCCAGUUCUCGAGAGGACGCCUGCGUGGAGGAGUUUAUCUGGCGGAGCCCUGAGCGAGCGCACUCCUCGUAGAACGGCGUCUGAAGCCCUCUCGGCCGUCAAAAAAGCAAGCCCAACGCAAUCCAGCGAGCACAGCGUUCCUCGGGUGUCAACAAACUCAUCAAAGGAAAAUGCUCCCACCUAUGCCUUUGUUGCCUCGAAACUCGCUUCUGCUAAAGAGCCUAUUUCGGCGUCAAAAGAUCGUCGGUCCUCCUCCUCCCCAGGCGGCAAGCAACGCCCUGUGUUCUCGAUAAUCCAGAGCCGGGGCUCGGAAGAGUCACUGUCAUCGUACUCAGUCUCUACAGACUACAAGCAAGACCCGCUGAGCUUCUCAACCUACAGCGAGCCCGAUCACGGACUCCUGCAGCAGCUGAACGCUUUAGACCUCAGCUCCCAAUACCCUAUCAAUCCAAACACUGGCAGACGGAUUGUCCCAGCGGAUCUGUCCCUGAGCACCCCAACUCUCGGCCUCCCCUACGAAAGCAACAUUGAGAUCAAAGUUCCCCGCCGGCGAUUUCAAGGGUCAGCCAUCCCAGCCUUCAGCAGCAAAUCCGCCACAAAUCUCAGCUCUAUUCCAGGCCCGCAUCCCUCCGCAAUAAUGCCAGGAGCGUCACCCCCGUCUUCGGAUCCGGCAUCAGAACUAAUGUCCCGUGGGCCAUCAUCAAGAUCUCACCAGUCCUGGACAACUGAGCCAACUAGCCGGCGAUACUCCUCGCGUAUCUCGCCACCUCCAACACUAAACCCGGCCUCAGUUUCUGGGUCAGCAGGGCAAUACCAUUUUAUAUCUCACGCCACGCCACAAGCUCUAGCUGGCCCAGCGGCCUGGGUACCUGAUCCUAGCAUGCAAACCGUACAGCGCCCAUAUUCCAACCUUCCAUCCGACAACUCUUACGCAGCAGUAGUCCAGAGACAGUAUAUUCCCGUACCAACUCCUAAUAAUGACCCUCACGCAGUAAUGCCACCGCCGCCCCCACCAACUCUUCAUUUUGGUACACACAGAGUCGAUCUCCAGGCACGUUUGCGUUCAAGCCCCCAGUACCAGUAUGAUAUUCAACAACCCCAGCCGCAGUCGCAAUCGCCGUAUCACGUCUACAACCACGAGAAUCAUUCUGGCCCGUUAUUCCCACUUCCGACACAUGAAUCGUCAGCUUCGGGCUCUUAUGCAAAGGAAUUUUCAAUAGGCAGCGCGAAUCGGGCUAGGGCGAGGAGUGGGAGUACACCUUCGCAUCCAUACCCGCCCGGGUUAGGGCUGGACUUUUAA